AUGGCACAGUUUAUUAAGGUUUACUCUGAAGCAGUGGAAAGGGCUUUGAUACUGGAGGAUGACAAUAGAGAGAAGGAUGCAAGAAGAAAGCAAUUGAAGCAAAAGAGGGGUCAAUCAGGUGUUCAGGUUGGCAGUCCUCAGGCACAGGUACCACAGGGACUUGUUUUUGCACUGGCACAGACCGAUGCAUCUUCUGGACCGAAAGAUGGUUCGUUGAGGUUGUGCAUUGAUUAUCGGAAGUUGAAUCAUGCCACCAUCAAGAACAAGUAUCCUUUGCCAAGGAUAGAUGAUUUAUUUGAUCAGUUGAGGGGAGCCAGUUGUUUCUCGAAGAUUGACUUGAGGUCUGGCUAUUAUCAGUUGCGGGUUAGGGAUGAGGAUAUCCCGAAGACAGCAUUCCGUACACGGUAUGGACACUAUGAGUUCCUUGUUAUGCCUUUUGGUUUGACUAAUGCGCCAGCGGCGUUCAUGGACUUGAUGAAUCGCGUCUUUCACGAUUACUUGGACCAGUUUGUGGUAGUUUUCGUGGAUGACAUUCUUGUGUACUCACGGACUCGGGAAGAUCACGAGGUCCAUUUGAGUAUUGUUUUACAGAUUUUGCGGGAGCACCGAUUGUAUGCCAAAUACGAGAAAUGUGAGUUUUGGCUACAGGAGGUGAAGUUUUUGGGGUAUGCUGUUUCAGAAGGUGGAGUAUCAGUUGAUCCAUCAAAGGUUGAAGCAGUUUUGACUUGGGAGCGACCCAAGAAUGUGUUUGAGAUCCACAGUUUCCUUGGUUUAGCGGUCUCUUCUUCUACAACUCCACCCUCUUACACCAAUCACUGCGGCUCAAUUGUUCCCGAGUCAACCCCAACUGUUCUCGACCACACGACCUUCCAAUAUCUCCGAAUUCCGUCAGGUCGCUACACUGUUGGUGACGAUAUUCUUGGCAACAGAUCGUGUCAUGUAUUUGACUACGACAAGUAUUUCUCCUUUCUUCCUACCCAAAAUGUUCAUAAAACCGAAGCCACUGGUGUUUACAAGAUUGAGGCCUACUUGAUCUUCAGAUCUUCCUAUUCCUAUGUUCUGCAGAAUUCAACUUAUGACCAAUCUAACAUGCAUGAAUUUCGUCCUAACUUAUAUGAAUUUCGUCCUCCUCCGAGACGCCCACUGUCACUGAGAUUCCUAUUAAAUGGGUUCUGGUCUGAAUCUUCCGGGAAGCUUUGCAUGUUGGGCUCGGCUUCUUGGUACUCAAGAGAAGGUAACUCUUUUAAACUUGAUGCUGUUCUUAAGCUUAAUUAUGCCAAGAAUGCAACUAUCUUUACUAGUUUGGUUAGUGGAACAUUGGAGAGCUUGAGCUCUUCUCAUGAUUCGAAUUACUUUGAACCAAUUUCAAUAUUGGCUUUUCCUUACAUGAGUUCCUACAACUACACAUUGGUUUCAGAGGAAUUUGAUACUGGGUGUCCUGGUGGAAUUGAUAUUCCAUCGAAUCACUCUCUUGGAUUGCAACCAAGAAGUAUUUGUUCAAUGCUCUUGAGGCCAGUUAAAACUUACAAGUUGGAGUAUGCCAGCGAGUGCAUUUCUUCAAAGAAUUGUACUCCUUUUGGUAAUGGUAUUGCAUAUCCGUUCAUAUCCUUGUAUGCAAUUCAGUGUUCUGAGGAUGUACAAAAGGCAAAGCUACGCUAUCUAGUAAUUUUUUCAAACAGUAGCUAUGUUGGGUAUGACCAACCUUUCAAUCCCAGCACAAGAUUGGUUGCAGAAGGAGCAUUGGAUGGAAAGAAGAAACAGAUGUGCAUAAUUGCUUGCCGGAUCUUGAACCCCUCUGAUUCUUUGGAAAAUACUCAUGUUGGGGAUUGUUCAACUAGGCUGAGUUUGAGAUACCCUGCAGUCUGGUCAAUCAAGCAGAGAUUAGGUUUUGUUGGGCAAAUUUGGAGUAACAGAACUAAAAAUGAUUCUGGGUGCAUCCAUAGGAUCAGGUUCAGAGAUUCUUCCUAUGCAAUGUCGGGUGCUGCUGGUUUGAAGUACGAGUACACUGAAAUGGACAGAGUCAAAAAGUUAUGCCCAGUAAAGAAGCCUUCUAAAAACAAAGGCCUGAGAUAUCCAAGUGGAAAUUCUUAUGAUAUGAGGUUCGACAUGUCGGUGAAAGAUUCUAAAGGAAGAAGUUUUCGGGGUUCUGCUGCCCCCAUCUCUGUGGGUGAUCAGUUUUAUGAGUGGGGGCAUGUUGAGACAGAAGCUUACCAUAGUAUUCCAUUAAAUAUCAGCUAUAACAAAAGGUUUAGUCCGUUAGCUGGUGACAUAUCCAAUCUGAGUAUUGAUGGUCUACAGGAGAUUUCUGCUGAGGGGAUCUACGAUGAAGAAACAGGACACCUCUGUAUGGUGGGCUGCAAAAAGUUGUGUUCAUACAUUCAGGAAUCAACCAUGGACUGUGAAAUUCUUUUGAAAUUUCAGUUCUCUCCACUAAGUGCAAUGGGAGAUUUUAUUAAGGGAAGAAUUGAAAGCACAAGGAAAGAUUCAGAUCCUCUUUUCUUUGAGCAUUUGAACCUCUCUUCAACAUCUUUCUAUCACGUAGAAGCUAAACGAUCUAUCUGGAGGAUGGAUUUGGAGAUCACAAUGGCUUUAAUCUAUAACACACUAGCAUGUAUCUUUGCGGCAUUGCAACUCUUUUAUGUCAAAAAGCACCGUAAUGUGCUUCCUUUCAUUUCAUUGGUCAUGCUUGUGAUCCUUACUUUGGGGCACAUGAUUCCUCUUUUGCUGAACAUUGGAGCCCUUUUCCUGGAAAAUAACAAUCAGCAAACUGUAUUGCUUGGAAGUGGUGGAUGGCUUGAAUUGAAGGAGGUGAUCGUUGGGGCAAUUACAAUGGUGGCUUUCUUGCUGCAAUUCCGACUUCUCCAACUGGCAUGGUCUGCGCGGUCAGGUGAUGGGAACCAAAAGGGCCUGUGGGUUGCUGAAAUGAAGGCAAUUUUUGUGACAAUAGCAUUCUACAUUUCAGGGGCACUUGUAGCAUUGUUUAUGAAUUGGAUGAAAAACAAAAAUGGAAAGACAGCAUUGUCUUCUCAUUCUGUUUCUUUCCAACAACAUACCCUCUGGGGGAAUUUGAGAUCUUAUGCUGGUUUGGUCAUUGAUGGUUUUCUAUUCCCUCAAAUCCUUCUCAAUGUAUUCCAGAUGUCAAGAGAAAAUGCUCUCUCUCGUUCAUUUUACAUUGGCACUACCUAUAUUCGAUUGCAACCACAUACGUAUGAUCUUUUCAGGGCUCGCAACUUUGUUCCCCAGCAUUUCAAUGGGUCAUACAUUUACGCGAAUCCUACUUCAGAUUUCUACUCCACUGCCUGGGAUGUGAUCAUCCCUUGUGGGGGUAUAAUCUUUGCGUUGAUUAUCUUCUUGCAGCAGCAAUUUGGGGGUCAUUGUAUCCUUCCUCGGAGAUUCAGAGAAUUUUUAUUGUGUGAGAAGGUGCCUGUAGUCACUAAUGGGUAA